AUGCCAAGAAGACAAUGUCCAACUUGCAAAAAAGUGUUCACCUCCCUACUCAACCAUUGGGAACAGCGCCCCAGUUGUGAUCUACCACUCACUUUACCACCCGCCCUUGCAUCAACAGAAUCUGAGGUUGUCGAAAUGACCAUCAAUGCAAGCCCUCCAGAUUCCCCCCCACAAAGUCCAAACCAGCAGGAAGUGGGAUGGGAUCCCAGCAACGAUGACCAUUCACAGCAACCAGAACAAGAAAAGUUGCCAACGAUCAUACGACGCACCCGAAGAGCCGCCCCACCUAUAUUGUCACCUGACGACAUACAAGACGAUGAUUACGAACCGGACAGUGAACUGGGUGACUUCAUUAGUCCCUUCUCCUGUCAUCUUGUCUUGGAGGAAGAACAACACUAUGAACAUUUGCCUCUAGACCAAUCUUCACCGCACGUUCUGUGCGUGAAUCAGACGUUUCCUGGCCCAGCUGACCACAGCAGCAUUCUUGCCCAAGCUACCCCCCAAGCUGCCACUCAAUUCACUGACAAUACAGCUUGUACCACCUUGGGUAAUCUCCAAUUCAAUAUGGGCCUUGGACAAUGUCAAAAAGUAUCAAUGGUAGAGCAACUUCAAUAUGACAUCUCGGGAAUCUCUGACGAAGACCGUUUCCUUGCCACCUUUCAUCAUAAGUGCCAGCAGGCUGGGGCACCCCGAUAUCUCUCAGAAGAGCUGCUCCGCUUAGUAAGUGAUGAAUCACUCAAGGGCAAUAUUGAUUUUACAGCUCCAGAAUUCAACGUCACCCGCAAGCCAGUCCUCAAAAGGCUACAAGAGGUUAUGCAGACAGAGCCUGUUGAAGAGAUCCCAAUCACCCUGGAAUCUGGCUUCAAGACCACCAUCUACAGGUUGAAUUUUUUGGACAUGAUUACUCGCCAUCUAAGGGGCAGCCUUUUUGCAAAUCUACAUGAUAUUAGCCUACCAAUAAAGGAUGGUCACAACCCCUUUGCUGACAUGGCAGCCAUCCCGGAAGCAUGUGACUACAAGGACCUUACUGAUGGUCACUGGUAUCAAGAAGCUGUAAAGAUGUACCUUGACUUGCUCAAGACCGGCAAGUACAAACUGCACCCCUGGAUUAUAUAUGGUGACAAAACUGGGACGGACAGAAUAGAGAAGAACUCCUUGGAACCAUUUGCCAUUUGCUCUGCCGAGCUUACCAUAGAAAAAAGAGGAGACGCUGAUAGUUGGAUGCUGCUUGGAUACAUCCCAAACCUGAAGACUGUACACAAAGAAGCUUCAAAAUCUACUACCACCAACUCCCGCAGUAUGACUCCCCGUGACUAUCACCACUGCCUUGCCAUACUUCUUCAGCCAUUGAAGGACCUCCAAAAAGAGCGCCCAAUGCUGGCCUUCCGUCGAGGUGAAUACAUUGCUCACUAUAAGAUCAUUGCCCCAGUGAUGGCUGUCAUUGGCGACAACCUGAGCAAUGACGUUCUUUCACAAAGGAUGUUGGACAACACAGAGAGCGCCAAGCGAUUGUCCAGGCGCUGUUUUUGUCUCCCCAGUGAAGCAGAUAAGCCCAUUCAUAAAUGUCACCUUAUUCAAUUAUGGAUGAUAAGGAAACUGUCGCUUGGCUCUCUCAGCGUCACCUAUGGCAGGCAAGACGACCCUGCUGAAAGUGCCCCUUUUAAUUUGAAUCACUUGCAAAACCUGAUAGUAGAGAGCCAAAAUUUUGGUCGAUGGAAGACCUACCUUGAUAACCAAGGUAGAUCAAAUAAUUCACGUCACGACGCGGUUUCUGUUAAGAAAAAUCGGGCUGCCAUAUGUGAUGCCAUUUUGAAAGAAGUUUUUGGUACCCAUUCUCUCUUAAAUGCCUUCGAUGGAUGCGACCAUGGACCUACCGUCAAUGGCAUUCUUGAGCAAACCCGUGUGGACAUCAUGCACACAAUUGACGAAGGCGCAAUCCCAAUGCUUUUAGAAGUACUAUUUGGAUUGAUGUCAGAUGGAGAUAGGAGCAAAAUUGACGCUUAUGUCAACUAUGCCUUUGGUCGUCCUGGCACAAAUAGAAGUGGUGAGACGGAUCGGUAUCCACGUAUUGCCUUUCGCCAAGGCUUUACCAAACUUACCAAUCUCAGUGCAUCUGAGAGAUUUGGCCAAUUGUUCUUGGUUUCUAUACUUCUGCAGACCAACCGGGGGGUGGAGCUUCUUCAGCCCCGUUUUCAAGAUGACUUUGAUAUUAAUAGGAUGAAAGAAACAAGCAGCAAUGACACUUUUUGUGACCAACAACUCAACCACCGUGACGAGAGCAGUUCCAUAGGACCCAAUACUGACGCCGACAACACUUUAAAUGCUCGCCCAUCACCCAAUGCCAGCACCAAGAAGGCCACUGACAAGCUACCUUGGGAUGAGAUAACUGCCUUUCUUACAUCCAUUCAACUGGAUUAUGUGCAUGAACGGAUCUAUCCAUCUCUGCCAUUGCAUCACCAGGCUCUUCUCGUGACAGUACUCCAAAAAAUGAUCAAACGUAACUGGGUGGAACGGGCCCAACGAUUUCCUGACCUACCCAAUCUUGACUACAUUACCUACUCCUUGAACAACCUUCCAGUGCCGCCAUCUUCUGUAGUCACCUCAACAUUGACGCCAACCCCCAAAAUGUUGGACAAGUUCUGGACGCCCAACGUUCCCAAUCAGUAUGUAUCAAGCAAGAAAUUGAAAGGUAUUCCAGUCCGCCGGUCUAUAUCUCUAGAUCUUGCUGAAUUCCGAUAUUUGGUGGAAACGCUGAUUGCCCUCCGGAGCUGUGUGAAGGACACUUCUUGGCUUGCCGGAGAAGACGGAUCCAAAUUGGAGGCAAACUGCCAACAGUUUAUGCUUUCACUUUCACUGUUCUUGAAGACACUUGUACAUGGUGUAUGGCGUGGCAAGAAAUCGAUGGGCUGGAAACUUCGGAAGAUUGUUGAGUUGUCGCAUCUGUUGCAAGAUAUUAUCCAGUGCGGAAGUGCUGAUGGGACAAACUCCUCUACUGGUGAACGUCUCCUCAAGUGGAUAGCAAAGCUUCCAAGCAAGACUGUUCAGCAGCGAUCGUCAGAGACUCAUUCCGGACAAACAGCUGCUCGCUUCCAUGAGAUGCUACUUCUGAAACAAGUUGUUGGGGCAUUUGAAUGGUUGUCUCAGUACUGGAUGCCAAAGCCGGAGCAACCUAUCUCUCCACCCAUCAACGAGGGAUCAGCGAAGAACUCAGUCAGUGCUAGUGUCCCUUUUGUCCUCAAUUCUGUUACUGGUGAAGUUUUCCUAUCCUCAGAUACAAGAUUCUCAAAACCCAUGAUUGUUGCACCUGUGUCACCAACUGUUCUGUCAUGGUUCAAGGAUGCCCAAAGGUGCAACCAGAUUGGCGGCCUUAUCCACAUCCAGACCGAGGCUAAGGUAGAUGGAGAGCUCUGCCGAGCACAUGCCAAUUACAGUAGGGGUGGCGUGUGGUUUGAUUAUGUUGCUCUCCAAACAGCCACCAGUGGUGAAGUUGCUUUCCCUUGCCGCAUUGCUGCCAUUUAUGCGGAUGCAACUAUUCCAGGUCCUGUUGAAUGGAAGGCACUACUGCACUGCGCAGCACAGCCAAAAGCUGCUAGCUUGGUGCAGAAGGACUCUUGCUCCCAACUGUUCUCCCAUUGGACUCUUGAGUCAAGGCCUAAGCGUUUGCGGGACAGGAAAAAUGAGAUAAUAAUAUAUCAUGAGGCCUUGUUCCAGGUCUUCUCACUUGAAGACCUUGCAGUCCGCAUAUAUUGUGUCGAUAUCUGUUCUGAUAGUUUUGGAGACUGCUUCAUCCGAAAGGCCAUUCAUGAUAGGCCGAGAAGUUACGACAUCCUUUGGACUGGUAGAGAUGGGUGGGCUGAAACAUUCUUGUCAUCACCCAAUUUUUUGAGGAGCACAUCAGCUACUACAGGCACCAAAAAGGAUAGGAAGAGAAAGUCCAGAGGUCCCAGAUAG